AUGACGGACGAUGGAAAUGCUCAAGCAAUUCAGCAAAAGGCGGCAGCCUGUCAGAAGGCUCUGGAGGAUGUUGUGGAAGGACGAGCUGCAGUGGAGGACUUUGAGAAGAGACUCAGGGAGCUUGGUGCAUCGUCACUCGAGGGAUCCGACUACGUUCAACAAUUGGAGCAACGGCUACGCCAACAAAGUUCCCGCAGGGGCCAGGCUCAGCCGUCUCAAGCUUCAUCAGCUACUCAGCCGUCCCAGACCCACUCCUCUUCGAACAAUUCUUGCCAUCCAUCUCGCCAUCCCUCUCGUGAAGCCACUCCUUCCGGUCUUUCAGCUGAAGAGGUUGCUGAAUUUCGGGACAAACGAGAUCAACUUCUUCAAGGAUCUCGAGGUGGGCAGCAACCGGCGACGAGCGUUACAGAGGACAUUGAGUGGAGCCUGCUGCGAGCCAAGUUGGAACAGCUACGCUCACUGUCUGCAUCACGCAAAGACUCCUUUUCUUUCGACGACAUCGUUAGGCUCCUCGACGGUCGUCCCUCAUCUUCUGGGUCUUCCAUCCCGGCCUCUGUCCUUGCCGCAGCUCCUCACCUUUCCUCCCUCUCUGAACAUGCGCUCAAUGACACUCACCUUCAAACCACGUGGAAAUUGCGACAAGCGUAUGCUUCGGACAAAGCUAUUGACCCCCUUAUUGACCUCAUGCAACUACAACCACUCGUCGAUCCAAUCCCACGUACUAUAUGGCGUAACAUUAUCCAGGACCAGUAUGUCAACCUUGAGAAACUUUACGCGUCGAUGGAUCGAGGGUAUAGUCAUGAAGAUGAGGCCAAGGACUUUGCUGGGGGUUACGCGCUGGUUCGAAAGGACCAGUAUUCUGCGAAAAAGCCUAUUAAGCAAGAAGCUGAAUGGAUUAGGGUUUUUACCGCGUGGAAAUCCAGCGUCACACUCCUCUUCCCCCACCGUCAAGAAGAGCUUCAGAGUUAUUGUGACAUGGUUAUCGACCUUUUCCGCGCGGCUCCGUUCGAUCCUUCCGUCGCCAUCCAAUUUGAUAUUGAAGCUCGAGAUCGUUAUGCACGAAAUCCAUAUCGCAUGGAUGACCGUAGCCGACUUCAUCUGCCUCUCCUCGCGCAAAUGUUUCGAAAGCGUGAAAUGGCUGAUCACUCUUUCGACGCUCCAGCCAAACGUGCAGCAGUGCCAUGCCAAAACUGGAACCAGGGGAUAUGUUCUGACCCGUGUGUCAAUCGGCGCAGGCAUGGCAUCUGUUGUGAAUGUGGGGGGAGACACCAAGCACGAGAAAAAGAGUCGUGCAACUCUUCUCUCGAAGCUCGCAGCGGAAAGGGAUAUAGCGCUCGCUACCCAGAGGGCGGAAACAGCAGCGCGGGAAGGGCCUAG